GUGUGUGUGUGUGUGUGUGUGUGUGUGUGUGUGUGUGUGUGUGUGUGUGUGUGUGCGUGUGUGUGUGCAGGAAGACGAAGCGACAGGCAGGAGGAGGCACCACCAAGGACGUCCUUUUUCCAGCCCCGGGAGCCGGAGAUGCAAGGGACGAGCAGUUAGAUUAGCCUGUGCUGCUGUUGCGUGCUGCAGGAUAACUUGGAGGGUGCUGCAGCUGAAGCUCUGAUCCCUGUUUCGGUGUGUGAGUGUGUGAGGAGGAUUUCAGCCAGUCGCCGGACGGAGAUCUGGCCACAAAGGACUUCUACUUUUCCGGCUCAAGUGAAUGUAACAUCGCUCGGAUAAGGAAGGCAGGGAAUUAAAAGCCAUCAUCAUGAAUUUCGUUAUGAAACAAGCGUUGGGAGGGGCCACCAAAGACAUGGGCAAGAUGCUUGGUGGGGAGGAGGAGAAAGAUCCCGAUGCUCAGAAAAAAGAAGAAGAACGGCAAGAGGCACUGAGGCAACAGGAAGAGGAGAGGAAGGCUAAAUAUGCAAAAAUGGAGGCGGAGAGAGAAAACCUCCGACAGGGCAUCAGAGAUAAGUAUGGCAUCAAGAAGAAGGAGGAGAAGGAAGCCGAGGCAGCGGCUGCUAUGGAGCAGGCCUCCGAGGGCAGUCUCACCCGUCCAAAGAAGGCGGUUCCCACCGGCUGCGGUGAUGAGGAGGAAGAGGAGAGCAUCGUGGACACGGUCAUGAAAUUCAUCCCGACUCCGCUCAUGGAUAUGUUCAAUAAAAAGUAACAGUGUUUUGGGGUGAAAUGUGAUUAACUUCUUACAGCGUUCAUCUAACCAAGACUAAUGCCAUACCUUUCUUCACCUCCCCCAUCACCCUCCCACCCUUUCAGCCCAACUUCUAAGUGUCCAGAAAUUGAGCAACAUGCCAUGACUUUGCCCUUGAUUUAAAAUAUCUGGUCUCUGGCGGUGAUAUGUACUUUUUAAUCUCUCACACAGAACAUGGUUCUCUGUAAACUGUGAUUAUAUUAAAAGUAUGUAACACCUACACAGAACUAGUGUCUUCAAGGCAAAUCUUAUGCCAUGUUUUCAAAAUGUCAAGCACUUAGAAUAAGACCAGAUAUCACCCAUCAUCCACCCUUUUUGUUUGUAAAUAGCCUCGGGUUAUAAAAAAAGAGAACUAUAUCAGAGUGAAAUGUGACAUAUAACAAGAUGACUAAGAGAAUAAGCCAUAUUUUUAACGUUUAGGAAAUUAUCCAAAUCAUAUCAGAAAUUUAAUUAAAUUUUCCUGUUAUGUUCUUGCUGAUAUUUGAUACAUACAAUGUAUAUAAAUACUUGCAUUUUUAUCAGUUCUCCGUUGUGAGGAUUCACCCCAUAAUCUGUCCCUCGUGUUCUCAUUGGUUUAUUGUAAAAGUGAAAUAUGAGCACUGAUGGACUCAAAACAGCACCUGUAAAAGCGGAAAGCGAACGAAGUCAUUUGAGAUGAGAUGAGUUUAUGUUUCGUUAACUUUUUUUUAAGCAUGCAGUAAACUUUUGUGACGUGAAGUACGCAUAUGGAUACCAUUUCAUUUGUUAUGAUGAAGCGAAAUACAUUGAUAUUUGAGGCAAUAACUGGUUUUCCUUUUUUAUUUAAUUGACAUCUCCACCAUGUACAAUAGGCGAUAACUGUCUGAAAUGUUCUUCCAUGGGGGAAACUAUAGAAUGUUCUCCAUACAUGAAGUCUGUCUCAAAGCAGUUAGGUGAAAUUCUUACUAUAAAUUCACUUGCUAUACAUGUUCGUGGUUUGAACAUUGGGUUUUUAUGUCCUGUGGCAGGUGUCGCUCGCUCUGCUUUUGCAGUAGGACAUGUACAUUUUAAACCAGGCUUAUUUUAAUUUCUGUUGACAUUUCCAUCAAUUUUUUGUAAAAAAAAAAAAAAAAGAAAAUUCAAAAACACAACUAUGUUGUGAACACACUUUAUGUGAACAGACAGUGACAAUAGUGCAAUAUAUUGUUCGAAAUGAAGUUGUCCUGUGUCCGUUGGUUUAACUGAUGGGAGUGAAGUCCCAAAUCAGCAAUAACAGACAAUCUUCAUUGUUGUGUGUUUAGACUUACUCCUUAAUGUGUUAGUCAAUGUUAAAGGCACAGACGUGUCUGCAUAGUGACAGUGAAGCCUUUGUGGGUCAGAAAUAUUUGAUUAAAAAAGAGAAAGGGGGUUGGAGAUGGGACGAUUUGUUUAGUGUCGUAAACAAUGUUCAGUCAUAUGUUGCAGAAUGAUGAACGCAACCAGAAUUUUGUGUUUGAAACCAAAAGGCAAAUCAAAUUGCAGGUUUCCAAAGGCAGACAUCAACAAUACAUGCAGAGGAGUUAUUUAAAAAGCCCUGAGCCCUGCAUGAAAGCUCCAUGAUCGUAUACCACAAAGAACUUAAACCUGCUCUGUAGAGUCCAGUCUAUGCUGCUGGUUAAUAUAAUGGCACAAAUUUAAAGGGAUAAAAUCAAAUGUAUCUCCAUAUGCCUUGUUUUGAUUUGUUUUUAUUUCUCCUUCAUUCCACCGUGUCUUGUUAAAACAUUCCAGAUAUUUCAGACAUUCCACCAGACUUGUGCUGGUAACACUCAAUCUUGGAUAUAUUUUCAGUAGUAGACCUCAGUCGAUGCCUUCGUUAGCCUACAAGUACAUCACAAUCAAUAACUUAAAUUUGAUGUUGUUGUAACCCAAAAAUAGACACUAGAAUGAAUCACAUAUACAUAUAAAGAUUCAAGACUUGACAAAGUAAGGAGUUACUGUAGCUGCCAUGUACAGAAAAAAAAUCCCACAUGAAGUUUAAGGGAAAGCAUAAAUGUGCUUUUAGCAGAGAUCAGUUCAAUCUUGUGAUACAAUUUUGUUAGAAAAUGUUUUUGUGAUUCACAUACGCACAGUAGCCGUAGGCAUAAGUAAGGUUUUCUAAAUGCGCUUUUUUGUCACAUUGCCGCUGUUUUUAUUAAGCGAGCUAAACAUGAAAUAAUUCUGAACUUGUGUGUUCCUGUGGCAUAGACGAAGGAAAUUUAUCUUUUUAUCAGCGCUUUGUGAGCUCUGUAAUCAUGUUGGAUAUAUUAAAAAAACAUCCAAGGGCGCAGUGUGGUAAGGUCACUGUCCUGUAGAGCAUAUUUAUUGAACCCUGUGAUUUUACUGUACUUGAACACUGCCUUUGCCAGCCUCCAUUUAAACGGUGUGUUAGCACAUAGUUAGCAACAGAUGUUUACAGUUACGGAACCAUGCAUCCAUGCAACACUCAAAUCCAUCAUUCAGUUAUUCAGUCAAACCAAAGAAUAGUGCUGGUAGUAGUAGACGUAGACAAGAGGUUUCAUUUUAUUAAUUUACUGCAUAUCUUAUUUAUUUUGAAAUUCUCAGGUAUUCUUCCUUUCAGUUUUAAUAGAAGUUUAAACCAUAACUAGCCUUCUCUUAGCAUAAUUAGCCUUUUUUGCUAAAAAUUUGAACAACUUCAUUGCCAGGGGCCUAGCAAGCCCAACUUUUCUUUAUGAAUGACAAAUCUCUUGUUUGGCCCAAGAAUAUUCCAAUAAGCUACUAUUACUGCCCUGCAACCCAUGCAGAAGGAGCAACAAAAGAGCACCUUAGAAAACAUCAUCAGUGUGUGCAGUUCUUCAGGCUACCAGUGAGUCUUUUCCAAACUGGUAUGCUCUGGAAUCACCCUUUUCAUCUCAACCAUCAAUCUACCCAUUCAUCAUCAUCUUGUAAAUGCCAAUUGAUUGCGCUCUAAACGGCUUAUAGAUCACUGCCCAAACAAACUGCCCAAGUCAUGCGUAAUCAAUAUCUAGUCGUCCAGUAGACUCCAAUUCAGUGUUUAGUUGGAAGUUGCUCAUUUGUGCCGCUCACACAGCCAUUAAUAUGAUUAAGAAACUGCCUGAAAAAUGUUCCACUUAAAAAGUAAAAAUACUCUUUUGAUGUGACUUGAAUGUAACCGUCUGAUGUUUCUCUCUCCUUGCAUCUGUCUUUCUCUGUUCUGUACGUGUUGAGAAGACGCUUACUCUCGUGCAGUAUUUUUCUUUUUCGUCUGUAGCCGGUCCUGUUUCUGUCCUCUGGUGGUUGGUAUUUUGAGAAAAAAGACAAAAAAACAUGUUCAUUUGGUGCAUUCUUUUGUACUGCGAAAUCUUCUCACCCUUCUCCCUCCUUCUCUCUCUCUUUCUCCCUAUUUGUUGACAAAAAUGUAUGCAUGCUUAUGGUGUGCAAUGUAGGCAAGGUUGUUGAUAAAAAAAAUCGUUUUGUGUCUUCUCUGUGUUUCAAAGCUCCACCUGUUAGCCUCACUGCAUGCCAUUUUAGACAGAGAUUUCAGUCUGUAACUUUCCUGCAAAAAUGGAAUCACCGCACACUCUGAGAAUAAAGUGAUUUCAUAUAA